GUUGGUUAUAGAAAUCAGGAUAAAUCACCAUUGUUUCGAUUUGUCCAACGGUUCACAUUUCGUACAGCCUCUACGAGAAUAGCGGGAGAUAGUAGGGAAUACCGAAUAUAACCUUCUCCUUCCACCUCUCGCUCCUCGUCCUCUCUCUCUCUAAAGUCUAUCACCGUGGUCCGUGGACGCUCCAAAUUCACACAAACGCCAUCGCUUUCUGAAACCGGACGACCCACAUGGACGUCAACGGCCCGACCCGGUUCCGCCCCCGGAAAUCCACGUCCAGCGACCGCUUCCUGGGCGCGUUCCCCCACGCGCCCCUCGAAAACCCUAGCUCCUCCUCCUCAACCGCCACCACAGCAAACGUCAUCGUCGAGCUCAACGAGGACGAUGUGUUCUGGACCGGUGACUAUGCCGAACAGGACCACCACCAUCACCAAAACCACAUCCACUCGACCCCUCCCUCCUCCGCCUCCUCCACUCCUCGCCACAACCACAACCCCCACCACCACCACAAGAGUUUCGCGCAGGCAGAGAAUUUCGGAAUCCUCGCUGUGCUCCCCGAGAACGAAUCGUCCCCGGGCCUCCGAAACGUUUCGAAUUUGUACCACAAGGCUUCGUUUUCGUCCUCGUCCUCGUCCUCGUCCUCGUCCUCGCGUAUGAUUCCGGCGAUCCCCAAGCCGCCGCUGGAAAGACUGGCGCUACCUCCUUCGCUGAAGUACCAGUCUGCGCCGGUGAACGUGCCGGUGCUGGCGAGUGCGAUGCGGAGUCACCACGAGUUCGACGACAUUGACGACGACGACGACGGUGGCGGGGACGGCGAGAUGUUGCCCCCGCACGAGAUUGUAGCUAGAGCGCAGUCGCCGAUGCUCGCGUGCUCGGUGCUCGAAGGCGCCGGGAGGACGCUCAAGGGGAGAGAUCUUCGCCAGGUUCGGAAUGCGGUGUGGCGGCGAACAGGUUUUCUUGAUUGAGGACUUCAAUUUCUUGGGAAAAUGUGCUUUUUUAUUUUUAUUUUUUAUUUAUCUUAUUUUUGUUUUAUAUUUUUGUCCAUUGACAAUUAUAUGUGCAAGUGUAACUGUUUGGUUUAAUCAUCAAGUAUUUGUUUUUAGGGGAAGAAUGGUGUUUCGUUUGGUUUCUGAUAAAUUUGCGGGGGAAAAGAGGGAAAAAGAAAAUAAAAUUAGGCCUUUCGAAUGUUAGAUUGUUUAUUUCUUGGGAUGAAAGCAAAAGCCUACAUUCAGAAACUGUGUUCAAAAUGAAUAUUUGAUUUCGGUUCAUGGUGGAAGAGUAUGUUUCACUUUGCUUGCAAGAGGUUACUGGUUUUUAUGCCUUCAGUUCCUUCCAAUUUUCAAGUACCCAAAUUCAAGUAGUAAGAUUAUCCUCUUAACGGCGAGUUACAGUUAAACUAGGCAAACUAGGAAAGAACCAUGUUUUGCUAUUGUUGCGUGUAAAAAUUAUAGGUUUAACGUGUAUCAACCUACAACAUCUAUCUUCAUAUUCAUAUACAUAGAUGUCAACUACUUGGAUGUAAUGUACACAACAUCUAACAUUUUGAGUCCGUUGGGAUUGCGAUUUCAAAACAUGCGAUUUAAAAGUAACGAUUUUAAAACUUGCAAUUUGAUAACACGAUUUAAAAAAAAAAACACUUAAGCGUUUGGUUAAAUCGCAGGUUGACCUUUAAAAUCACAAUUUAGCCUUUUAAAUCAUGCGAUUUUAAAAAUACACUCCCUUGCUUUUGAUUUGAAACAUAGAAAAAUCUACAUUUUCAAACUGCAAUUUGUAAAAAACGCACUCACCAAUGAUACAUUUUCUCUAAUUUGGUUUAAAAUCGCACUUUUGCUCUGCGAAAUCGUAGUCCCAGUCUCCUAGACGCACUCUAUGUUUGUCAUGCCUUUAUCUACUUGAUCCAAAUGCAACUGUUAUACUUGAAGUUCUUUUUUGGAAGCGUUGUGGUGUCUCCCUCCUCUUUCUUAAGGGAUUAUGUGAGUUCUAGACUUGAAGUAGGAAAUACACAAGUCUAGCAAGGGCCUAGUCAGCGUGUGAUCUAAAAUAAUCAAAGAUGUUUGCAGCUUUCCUUGCUUUAUUAUACAGAAGUCGGUUUGGAUUUCUUUGUCAUACCCAAUAGUGCAAAUGCUUGAGAUAACAAUGCACACUUCAAUUGAUGUGUUAUCUGUAUCCUUCAUACUUAAGCUGCCCCAACUUUCAAGCAUAUUUGCAGUGCUCAUGGAGUAAGACAUAAUUUGGCAUCCAUAGCCAAUCUUCUUGUGUUGAUUACAUUUUUAGUGUUGUGAUCAUAUUAAGCAUGCACUUAGUGAUGGAAACACGAAGUCUCAUGUUUGUGGAACUUGAGUGUAAUUAGUUAUCAUGAUAAGUUGGUCUUAGAUCUAGAUGAUGGUUUUUACCAAACGACAACCCCACCUUCUCCACCACCUCAAGCUCGGUUCCUCUGCACCCUCUCUGGCCUCCGCUCCUCACCAUCGUCCCUUUUCCACUAAGAGUGUGGCCCAUGCCCCAUUCAUGAAAAGUAAAUUUGGGUUUUUUCAAUUCAGAUUUGGCCCACUAAGAGUGCCUAUUUCUUGAUGUGGAGGCUUAUUCUACCAUAGUUUGUUGCUUCUCAUCGAUGGCUCCAGAUCAAUCCAUUCCAGCGCUUUUCCUCCUACAACGACACCCUUUAGGUGGUUGUUUCAAUUAUUUAGCUUCUUGGCCCGCUUUAGAAACUGUAUCAUGCAGCCCAUUUUUUGGCCCAUUUUCUAAUUCUAAAUUGUAUCAACUUCAAGCAUUGUAUUGUUGUUUCGGCCUGUUGCCAGAGAGUCCACCCCUUAUUGGUUUUUGUUUCCUUGUAACCCGUGUUCCCAUAUUGCUUAGGGGAAAAAAAACAACUCAUUUUAGAGUUCCAGACAUUUGGCAAAGAACGGUUGUUUUCUGGGUUAGGCACUUUUAAAACUCAUUUUAGAGUUCCAGACAUUUGGUGAAGAACGGUUGUUUUCUGGGUGAGGAUGGACUUCUCCUUUAGUGUCCUUAAGCACCCGGGGUAAUUGUUUCUCAAUGUCCCACUCAAUGAUGCUGCAGCUUACAUUUGUGGCAAUGGUCUUCAUGAACAGUUCUUGGUGCUGGAUAGGCCGGCAAGUUUCUAAAUCCUGUUACCCCAGCUGGCCAUAGUGGAUGUAUUCUCGCAGGUGAGCCACUGGGAGAGAGAAAGAGAGAGAGAGGCAUGGUUGGCUGCUUCGAAAGUGCUCUUAAUCAUCCUAAAUAAUUGUUUUUCCAUGUUCUGCUCAAUGAUACUGCAGUUUACUUUUGCGGCAGUGGUAUUCUUGAAGAGUUCUUGGUGCUGGGUGGAUGGCAAAUUUUUGAAAUUAUGGCUAUGGCUGCUUCUGACCCAAAAAGAACAUUUGCAGUUGUUGUCUUCUUGCAGGCGAGCCACUGCCAGAAGAUGGAGUCGCAGAAGCUGUUAAUCCGGAAAGUAUAUGAGUACCUGUGACUGUUGUGGAUUGAGGUCUCUUUCGCUUCCAAUUCUGACAUCCAAAAUAUCAAGGAGUGUUAUCAUUUGGGAAAAUGUUGGUUAAGUUUGGACUUGUGUAUACUGGGGAGGGAAAUUAUGUUGGCUCGUUAUGGUUGAAUUGUUUGGCUCCGAUUUGGUUUAGGUGCCAUAAAAAAACUACAACAUAUGUACGGUAAUUUUUUCAACGGUCUCGGAUUUAGUUUAACCUUCUCUUUUCCUCAUACAGCACCUAAGCUAAAUUCAGCUCUAGUAUAGGUGGCACUGCAGAAGGGAGGGCUCUCUUUGGAUUUGGUUUUCUGGUGUCAUUUUAUUUGGAAGAUUGUUGAUUUAAAUUGGUGGAUGAUAAUUCAUUGAGUUUACACCCCUGCAUAUGAAUAUUAUUGGUGAGAUAUCAUACUGUCAGUUUCAAAGUUAUAAUGUUGAAGAUUGUUAUGAUUGGUAUAUAUGAUCACAACUCUUUUUCU